AUGCCUCCGGACCACUUUCCUCUCCGUCUGGGCCUCCUUCCUUUUCUCAAACAUGCGCGCCAUCUCCCCGCACAGCAGCCGCUGCGGCCUGUCUAUGUUCUGGGCAAUCCGUCUGCAGACUUAGAUUCGAUCAUCUCCGCGAUUAUAUACUCCUAUUUCUCCUCCAGCGCUGCUGACCGCACUGCAUCGCGACAGGAACAACAGCAGCAACCUGCCCCGGUCGCGAGACCCCACGUGCCGGUCGUCAACCUGCCGGAUGUGCCAGCCGGUAAGGAACUGCGAAGACUGAGACCAGAGUUUGCAACCGCGCUCUGGCUGUCGACAAAUGGGUCAACCCAAGGAGCAGCAGCUCCAGAUGGAAAAAAUGAUGCCGUCGCUCAACUCCUGGCAGAGCAUGUCCUGACCGCAGCAGAUCUCAGGGGCCAGCUGCUCCAGCACUUCCCCAAGGAUCAAGGCAGCAAGGGUCUCUUAGACAGCACCUUGGUCGACUGGAACGCAUUGCCAUUCAGAUCGACCGAAACCCCCAGCAAAGGGUCUAUCGAGGGACUCCAGGAUAUCGCGGACCUUGCUGUCAUUGGCUGCAUCGAUCAUCAUGUCGACGAAUCUUUCGUCCACCUUGACGAAGCACUUCCUGAAGGCCAGCCACGUAUCAUCCAGAUGGGCCCGGGCUCUUGCACGUCUCUUGUUGUCCGUGAAUUGCGGAAUCGGGGUCUAUGGCUUGACCAGAGUCAUGACUCAUCUCCCUCGUCUUUGAUUGAGGAAGCCAAAGCCGCCAAACUCGCCCUGGCCGCCAUUCUGAUCGACACUACCAACCUCACGGCCGAAGGAAAAGUCACAGAUGUAGACCGUGCCGCGGUUGCUUUUCUGGAAGCCAAGGUGCGGGCUGGCGACGACCCGCAGUGGGAUCGCACCGCCUUCUUCGAGGAGAUCCAGUAUGCGAAGCAAAACAGUCUCGACUUGCUGACUGUCGACGAGAUGCUGGGGAGAGAUUACAAGGACUGGGUGGAGAAGUCCUCGAAACGGACGCCUGGGAAGAGCACGACGAAGAUCGGCAUCUGCAGCGUGGUGAAGCCCAUCUCGUGGAUUGUCGAGAAGGCUCAAGAGGAAGAUGACACGCCCAAAACUGGAAGAAAUUCCUCUGGUGCCAAGUCAUUCCUGGACAAACUCCGCAUAUUUUCGCAAUCUAGAGAUCUAGACGUCGUCGCGGUCAUGACGGCUUUCACCUCGUCCACGGACGGAUCCUUCCAUCGGGAACUUCUCGUCUGGGCGCUCGACGAGGCCUGCGCGGAGCUCACCAAGCGCUUCUCCAAGGAUUUUGCCUCAGAACUGGGACUGGAAGACUGGAAAGAGGAUCCUUCAGGUAGUGCUUCUACUGUUGCUGCUGCUCUCAACUCCGACACGCCUUCAUUACAUAUCUGGCACCAGACGAACGUCGCCAAAAGCAGAAAACAAGUGGCGCCUCUUCUGAGGGGUGUUUUUGCCGACUAG